AUGACAACACCGAAGCAUGGGGAGUGGAAGAUCAUCAACAUCACGACAUGGGCGGAAAAUGUGGGUGAGGCAUGGCGAGCCAUCAACUGCGAGACGAACACAAAAGAGAGAAAAAAAGUAAGCAUGUGUUUAGCUAAUUUUGGUGCCCUGUCUGAUGCGUUGAUUCGACCGAAGCGGAUGGCCAACACCCGGUCAGGAGGGGCGAACAAUGAGGGGGCAGGGGACACCAGUGCAAGGAAAGGCAGUGCCGCCACCAAGUCCGCAUCGACCUCCACCUCGUCUGCCGGUGGAAGGGAGUCCAGAAGCUCGUCCACGCGUGAAACGAGCGAGGAGCAGAAGCCAAACCUCAGGAGGUCGAACCGGGAAACAAGAGGAAAGAACCCCGUUGGGACCACCACACCGGUUUCGCAGAAGUCUACGAGGGGCAGGAGCAACCCCAGCACACCUGAUACCCCGAAAUCGUCGCCAAAGAAGCUAAAAGGGUCGACAAUGAAGGCUGGUACCCCAAGAACGUCCAACAGAAUAAAGAAAAGUACCGUUUCAGCUUCGACCGCUUCAAAUGAUUCAAAUGGAGUUCCUAGUCCAGUGGCCACUCCCGACAAAACCGUAAAUGGACAAAUUGAUGAACAUAACUCAGCAAAGCAUAAGCAUGAUGAUGCUUCCGAGAGUGGUACCAGGUCAUUGAAGAAGCAGAAAAGGCUAACUGCAAAGAGCUAUACAUGUCUCUUCAAGACAUCUUCUGAAGAAUAUGAAAAAUCCCCUGGCUUGUAUUGCUUGUUAUCAAUGAAAUUUUGGCAUGCCAAUUCUUUUCAUCCCAAUGCCUUCGUCCCUUCAUCUAUCUUCCGUGAUGUAUUCCCUGCUGCUACUUUCAAAGGCUAUGAAGGAAAUGCUUCCAAGGUGGACGCGGAAGACAAUGGCUCUGUUUUGAGGUAUGAAGAAAGUGGCGCACAUGAAGAAGAUGACAAGGCACAUUUAAGUCAAGUCGUCAAUAAUUGUUUGGAAGGCUAUACUUCUGGCCAGUGUGAACCUCCCGAGGUGAUAUUGGAGACAGAUGGGUUGAAAACUGAUGUUGAAAAAUCUGCUCAGUGUGAAGCUCCUGAGGUGAUAUUGGAGACAGAUGGGUCGAAAACUGAUGUUGAAAAAUCCGCUCCCAUUUCAGAGGCACAUAUGACUGCUGAUCUGUGCUCACAAAAUAUUCUGACUGAAAGCAGUCCUGCAAUGGAUGCUAGAGAGCCAACUCAUGACUGUUCAGAGUUCGCACUUCACACUGCAAUGGGCCGGAAAGCGGACUCAUCAAAAUUUGUGGAGUAUUGGGUUCCUGCUUGCCUUUCACGAGUGCAACUAGAAAUGUACUGUUAUACCUUACUUUCAAACUCACCAGCGCUUCGAUCACAUUCAAAAACUGACAGUGUUGGUGCUCUUCGCAACAUUCUUGUAUCCCUCCGGAAGUGCUGCGACCACCCUUAUCUAGUAGAUGCAAUGCUCCAAACCUCACUUACCAAGGGCUACCCGAUAACUGAUAUCCUAGAUAUUGGAGUGCGUGCGAGUGGCAAGCUACUGCUUCUUGACAAAAUGCUCCGAGAAAUCAAGGGAAAAGGGCAGAGAGUUCUUAUCCUUACCCAGUCCUGUGGUGGAGCUGGCAAUCCAAUGGGUGAUAUUUUGGAUGAUUAUGUCCGUCAAAGAUAUGGUUUUGAGUCAUAUGAACGCCUGGAGCGUGGUCUCGCUGUAUCAAAGAAACAGGGUGCAAUGAGUAUGUUCAAUGACACGACUAAGGGCCGGUUUAUUUUCUUGAUUGAUAGUCGUGCAUGUCUCCCAAGCAUUAAACUAUCUUCAGUUGAUGUCAUCAUCAUAUAUUGUAGUGAUUGGAAUCCCACAAAUGACUUGAGAGUCCUCCAGAGGAUCAGCAUAGAGUCACAAUCUGAAUGUGUGCCCAUUUUUCGUCUGUAUUCAUCUUGCACAUUGGAGGAAAAGGCUCUUAUACUUGCAAAGCAUGAUCAUAUUCUUGAUAGCAAUGGCCAGAAUAUAACGCCUAUCCUGAGCCAUUCUCUGCUUAGUUGGGGUGCAUCAUUUCAAUUCAGCAGACUCGAAGAGCUAAAAAAUGAUGCAUAUUUAACCAAUGAUUUUGGUGCUGAAAAACUGUUCAUGGAUAAAGUACUUCAGGAGUACUUAAUGAAGUUGUCCAUGAAAAAUGAUCCCAGCACUGAGAUGAGCAAUGCAGCCAUUUCACAAGCUCGUCUGAAUGGACCUUUUUAUUCUAGAGAUACUGUUGUGGUAGGUGAGAGGGGCGGGAUAUCUGCACCUGAUAGUGAUCUGCCAAAAUUCUGGGUAAAUUUGCUAGAUCGGAAGUCUCCUCGUUGGCAGUAUAUAACUGAGCCGACACAAAGAAGCCGUAGAAAGAUACAAAACAUGGAAGAAGGGAAAAUUCCUGCCGAUGAGGCCAGUACCAAACGUAGAAAAAUUGCUGGACCCUUGGAUUCAUCUGCAAAUGUUUUAGCUGGCGAAGAUAAGGACUCAAUAUUGCCUGAAAUUAAUACUACAUCUAGUCGUCAUCAAAUAUCAGUUGACCACACGUGGCAGGAACAAGGGGUGGAACAUCUUCAGGACACACAAAAAGGUCUUCACAUCAAAUUGAAGCCAGAGCUAUCAAAGCUAUAUGAAUUGUUUGAACUACCGGGAAGUGUUCAAUGUUUAUGUGAUGAACUUCUUCAUUAUACUUUGAAGAAUCACCAAGUCAGUGUGGAGCCAAAGCACAUAUUGCAUGCAUUCAACAUUGCACUGUGCUGGCGUGCUGCUUCUCUCUCAAGGCAUCAGGUUAAUCAUAGAGAAUCACUGGCCCUUGCUGAAAAACACUUGAAAUAUGAGUGCAGUGAAACUCUCGCUGAGUUGGUUUAUAACAAGCUAAGGAUCCUAAAGAAGGAGUUCUCACAUAGAGUACGCGGAACAGGCGAGAAUAAUCAAUCAAUUUCAGUAAAGAACAUAUCACCAUAUCAGCAGGAGACCUCAACUAAAUAUGGAAAUGACAAAUCAAUCCCUGAGCAGGCAGCAUCUGUUGGUGGGAACGAAUCACACCAAGAGGAUUCACAUGAUUUAGUGAUUGAGGCUAUCGUACCAGGAGAGAAGGAAGUCAAGGAACUGCUAUCUGUUCCAGAGAUUCAUGCAAAGCAGCAUUUAUCAAAGGAUGUACUUCUUAGUAGAAUCAGAGAGAAAAGAAUUAAUUUGGUUGACAUGGUUUUCUCCUUGAGAGAAAAGAAUAUCCAUGAUAAACAAGCAAACGAGGUGGCAAUGUUUGACAUGCACAGGCACAAGGGAGUGGUGAAACUGAGAGAAUCAUGCAGAAUAGUUGUGGAACACCUUCGUAGGUCUCAAGCUGAUCCAGAGGGCAGAGGCGGUCAAACGAAGCUAAUAGUUGUAUGGUUUACUAUGCUACUAUGUGCGUUUCUGAAGCACAUGAGGUACCAACGUGAGAAGCUUGACUGGCAGCAAUCAAAGGUGUGGACUAAGGAGUUGCAGUUGAAGGAAGAUUUCCUUGACAAAGCAAAAUCUGGCCAAUUGGAUCAUACUUUUGAUCAACGUAUUUGUUUACCAGAUUCAGGCUUUGCCAUUGAAGAAUUCAGCCACUUUAGCUCCUGUGUUGAUACAGCUACCUUGGCAAACUGUCCGCAGUCUUUGCACGGAACCUCGGCGAUGGAAGUUACAUUGGUUCGUGGUGUGAUUCCAUCUGAUGUUAUCAAUGCAGAAGCAGCGGGAAAUGGUUCUGCUGAAGUUUUUAUCCACAGUGAAGGAAGGCUAGCAUCAGAGAACAUGGUCAGCAAUAGUUUUGCUUGCAUCGACUCGCAAGGAGGGGCAUCUCUGUCAGUUCAACAGCAAUUAAACUCUAGUCCUGCAAUUGAUAAUUCUAUUAAUCAGGAAUCUUCAAGUGGUGACCAUAGAAGGAUCGAACAUGUUGAGCAACAGAGUGGUGUGGGUUCGCAACCAUUACCGGGAGAGACUGACCGACGUUUAGGAGAUGCUGAAAUGGAAGUUAACACCGGCAAUGGAGACAAUACUCAGGCAGAUCCACCGGAAUCACAGACUCUGGCUCCUGUGCCUAGCCAGGCUUCCUUGCAAAUGUCUAAGGAAGUUGAAGCCGAGGCCAAUCUUGUAAUGCCGUCUGCCGAACCAAUUGUAGCACCAGCACCACUUCUACGAAGAGAGGCAGAACAAGUAGACCGUUCUGGUAUAACACCAGCUCAGACGUUGCAACCUGAAAUGCAACCAUCAGCAUCCAGGGAAGUUUCUACUCCGACGGAUCUGAUAAUUCAGUCUGCACAACCAAGUAUGGUGCCAACUGAGCUUUCACAAAGAGAUGUAGAACAAUCAAGCCUACUUUCCCGUGCGCCAUCAUCUCAGUGUUUGCCAUCGGUUCCACUGUCCAGUAUUCCACUUGAAAGAACAAGCCCUGAUCAGUGCCAACAAAGUCAUCAACCUGAGGCUGCACCGGGUUCUUUAGCACAACUCUUUCUGGGGGCACCAAUGAUGUUUAAUCAUCCACCAGUUGGUGAUGAACCACUGAAAAAUGAGUUGCACAGAUUACGGUUAUACAUUGACUCACGUAAUAAAGCCCACAAACUAAAGCAAAGGAAGAUGCUUGAUAGUUUAUGUGAGAAAGUUAUCCUCAACCAGUCACUAGCUGACGAUUUUCGGGCUAAAUUCAUAUCUUCUUCUGGAGCGCAAGCUAGAGCCCACAGCCCUCCAAAUCACCAGAGACCCCAGGCUUCUCAGCAAGUUCCCAUGAGGCCUUCAGCGGCGGCAUCGACUGCAUCACCAACUGCAUCGUCGACAGCUGGUCGACCACCAGUGCAGAUGCAUCAUGUCCAACCAUUACAGGUCCAUCAACCAUCACCAUCAUCAUCAUCAUCGCCAUCUUCACCUCACCCCUCCAGAUCAACAUCAACUACUUUUGGUCUCGUGCCAGUUCUGCCACGGGGAAACUUUGGAGUCCAGAGUGAAGUAACACGUGUACCUGCUCCUCAUCUUCAGCACAGGUUGCCUCCACAGGUGCAUUUGAUGGCACAUGCAAAUCAGCAGCAGCUUCCAACUGGGCUCGAGAGCACGUCUGCAAGGACACGGUCUACCCCUGUGACUCCAGUAAAUAUAAGACAAUCAUGCCCACAGGCAGUUCCCCCAGGGAACCAAUCACUGUCAAGCUUGCACCCAAGUUCACACCCCACUGUACCUGCACCAUUGGGGCCAUCAAGCUCACAUCAAAUUCAGCAGGUUCCACCACUGCCAUCAAGUUCACAGCCAACACGCCUGCUGUCGCCUGUAUCUUCGGUUCCAAGUCCAGUUCUGCCACUAACAUCACCGCGAGGUUUGACUACGACAUCUGGCGUUGCCUCAGCUGCGUUGAAUGUGUUGCCAGGUAGGGGUGUUGGCCCUUCCGCACCAGGCAUGCCACCGUCAGACUCUGAUUCAGUAUCGCUGGAUGAAUGGCUAACAGGAAAGCUUGGGCUGCGCAAUGAUCCCCCUGGCGUGGCCGCUCGUGUAGAUGUGGUAUGCCUAUCUGACGAUGAAUAG